GUCUUGAAUCUUGUAUGUAUGUCAGAGUAUUGUGACAUUUGACAAGCGAGCGUCUCAAAUCACGGAUUAUUAAAUGGAACAACCACCGUUAAAAAGAAUUUGCAGUGAAACUCCUACAGGAUCUAAAAAUGACUACUCAUCAGCGCAAAGCGAUGAGAAUCCAGUGGAUUCGAGUAUCUACCUAACCUAUGACAUUUUGAGAAUUGUCUUUCGAUCUUUAAACGGCAGAGAUUUAACAAACGCCGCGAAGGUUUGCAGACUUUGGUUAGAAGCUGCAAAUAGUGAAAAAUGUACAAGAAGAUGUCCUGAACAUUUUAUCCAAUAUUACAAAUCAUCUGUAGAUCUAGAGAAUAUCAAAGACUCAAAAAUUAGACCAUCUGUAGGAUUCUUUUUUAUUUCUAGAUUUACAUCACCUAAGAUAGAAGAAUGUAUCUUGAACUCACUUCCACAAAAUUGUAUGGCCAUAAUGCUAUACACUAAUGGUACUAUUAUCAAUAAUAUAGAGAAAGAAUGUGAAGAUUCACAUGUAAUAUGUGCACUUUUACCACAAAUUUCGGACGUGAAAAUCAACGCGUUUAAAGUGACAAAGAAAUGUAUGCUACCAAUUUUGCAAUCUGAAAGACUUUCACAAGCAAUUAAAUAUCAAGAAUUUAUUAAGAUGAUUGAUGAAACAUCUGUACAAAAUUGUAACAAAUCUACGUGUUUGAUGUUACUCUGCAACGAAGCAGGCUAUGCGACAGCAAUGUGUCUCGCCGCGACUAUAAAAAAUAGCCAAGAUGGUAUAACUUCUUUAUGGGGUGGUGUGGUAGAAAAUAUACACACGCAGUAUAGUAAUAUACCAUAUACAAAAAAAGGAGAAGAUAUUUCAUACAAUCCGCGUAAUCCAUAUUGUCUAGCUGUCUUAAUUACCGGCCCGAUACAAACAUGGUCUACGAUUGUAGACAAAAAAUGCAAAACGAAGGAACAAAUUGAAGUGAGAUUAAGAUUAUUUAGAGAUCAGGUAAAGCUGAAGAAACAUUCCAUGGGAUUUAUGUUCGCAUGCAAAGCUCGCGCAGCUAUUAUACAUAACGAGAACGUGUAUCAAAUACAUAACGAGGAAGCGAUGAUAUUUAAGACAUUAUUUCCCGAAGUACCUUUAGUUGGUUGUUUCGGUGACGGCGAGUUUGGGAAAAAUACUACACAUGCUGAGGAGAUGCAAAAGGAAACGAGGAGUAAAAAGAAACAGAAAGUAUAUAAAGAAUUGUACAAUGAAUUCUCCAUCAUGUUUCUGAUACUUACAUAUGGUUGAUGCUUUGAAGGGACACAUGGAUAUAUUACGAUUAUUUUUUAUCAUUCGCGCGUUGCUAGAUUUUAACUAGAUCUCUCUUGUUUUUUUCGUUUAUGAACUAUACUUAUAAACAAAUAAUUAAUACAUGACAUGUUAUAACAUUAAGUCUAAAUAGAGAGAUCGUAUUUUAUUUUUAGAUACGUUCUGCGAGUGUUUUUGUACAAAUUAAGACGUUGCUACCGAAGAUUAAGAAACAAAUAUGUUAUAUAAUAUAUGAUAAUAUAUUGUAUGUUCUUA